AUGGAAACCGGUUUUGUUGUUCGCUUUCUUUUGUCCCUAAACUUCCUGAGUGUAAGUCCAAAUUCUCUCUUACCAGGAACUGACUGCGCCAUUGACUUUAUCCUUUCCAGUCGAACGUUUUUCAUUCGUCUUUCCAUCUCAUUCAUUUUUUCUUUUUUUCGAUUUUCAUUAUUUCAUUCUUUUUUCUUUCUUUUUAUAUUUUCCCUUUCUUUGAUUUCUUUUAUUCAUUCCUUCUUUCUUUUUCGUUUCCGUUUAUCUUUCUAUAUUCUUUUCUCAUUUUGUGGUUUCUAUCUAUCUAUCUAUCUAUAUCUAUCUAUCUAUCUAUCUAUCUAUCUAUCUAUCUAUCUAUCUAUCUCUAAUUUAUCAGUUCAUUUCUAUCUAUCUAUCUAUCUGUCUAUCUCUAAUUUAUCAGUUCAUUUCUAUCUAUCUAUCUAUCUAUCUAUCUAUCUAUCUAUCUAUCUAUCUAUCUAUUUUUAUCCCCCUCCAGUAUUUUGUUUUUGCUUCACUGUCUCUUUCUUUAACUCCUAUCCGUCAACAUUUUUUCUAUCUCUUCUCAUUCGCUCACUACCCACAGACGACCCCCUCUUUCAAACUUAUUUUUUCAUUCACCACCACUGA